GAGCGUGCGCUGUGGGCGGGGCCAGCCCGUGCAAGGCGGGGCCUGGGCGGGCCUUGAGGCCGCCAAUCUAGUUGACUUGCGAGCUUUCCCGGAGAAAGCCGGGAAGAUGGCGGCCUCCUGGAGGCUUCGCUGUAACCAGCCGCUGCUUCGGUACCUUCUGGGAUUUAGCAGCCGUCGAAGCCUGGGACUGGCACAGGGUGCUGCUGCUUGGCCUGUCGACCGUGGAGCAAGUUGGAGGUGGUUUCACAGUACUCAGCUGCUGCAGGCGGAUCCUAUUAAGGUCCUAAUGCCAUCACUGUCUCCUACGAUGGAACAAGGGAACAUUGUGAAAUGGCUAAAAAAGGAAGGUGAAGCUGUGAGUGCUGGAGACUCGUUAUGUGAAAUUGAGACGGACAAGGCUGUGGUCACCUUAGAUGCAAACGAUGAUGGCAUCUUAGCCAAGAUAGUGGUUGAGGAAGGUGCUAAAAAUAUACAGCUGGGUUCACUCAUUGCUUUGAUGGUUGAAGAAGGGGAAGACUGGAAACAGGUGGAAAUUCCCAAGGAUGUCAGUGCUCCACCUCCAGUUUCAAAACCAGCAGCGCCUACUCAGCCCUCUCCACAGCCGCAGAGUCCUUGUCCUGCCAGAAAGGAACACAAAGGGACGGCACGGUUCCGCUUAAGUCCAGCUGCCCGCAACAUUCUGGAAAAACAUUCAUUGGACGCCAGCCAGGGCACAGCCACAGGCCCUCGAGGGAUCUUCACUAAAGAAGAUGCACUCAAGUUAGUUGAGCUCAAACAGAUGGGCAAGAUUACUGAAUCCAGACCAGCCUCAGCUCCUCCAUCCUCCCUCUCAGCAUCUGUGCCUCCUCAGGAUACAGCCGGGCCAUCUUAUCCUCGUCCAAUGAUCCCACCAGUAUCCAUUCCUGGGCAACCAAAUGCAGCGGGUACAUUCACUGAAAUUCCUGCUAGCAAUAUUCGAAGAGUUAUCGCUAAGAGGUUAACUGAAUCAAAAAGUACUGUGCCUCAUGCCUAUGCUACAGCUGACUGUGACCUUGGCGCAGUUCUAAAGGUUAGGCGAGAUCUGGUCAAAGAUGACAUUAAAGUCUCAGUAAAUGACUUUAUCAUCAGAGCAGCAGCUGUUACUCUUAAACAAAUGCCUGGGGUUAAUGUCACCUGGGAUGGAGAAGGCCCAAAGCAGCUGCCCUCUGUUGACAUUUCAGUGGCUGUGGCAACAGAUAAAGGUUUAAUUACACCAAUCAUAAAAGAUGCAGCCGCUAAGGGCAUUCAGGAGAUCGCUGACUCUGUAAAGGUUCUGUCAAAGAAAGCACGGGAUGGGAAAUUGAUGCCAGAGGAGUACCAAGGAGGAUCUUUUAGUAUUUCCAACUUGGGGAUGUUUGGCAUCGAUGAGUUCACUGCAGUGAUUAACCCUCCUCAGGCCUGUAUCUUGGCAGUUGGGAGAUUCCGCCCAGUGCUGAAGCUGACUGAGGAUGAAGAGGGGAACCCUCAACUGCAGCAGCACCAGCUUAUAACUGUCACAAUGUCAAGUGACAGCCGAGUGGUUGAUGAUGAACUAGCUACCAGGUUUCUUGAAACUUUCAAAGCAAAUCUAGAGAAUCCCAUGCGACUUGGGUAGCCUUCAGAGACGAGGCGCUUGAUUGGGUGUUCAGUAUGGAGUAGAUGAAGUGCAUAUUUAUUUAAGGCGAAAGCUUUGACCUGAGCUGUCUUCCUCUCCCCUGUACAUGUACUGUAGAAAUGUGUGAUGACAAACGGACUAAUAAAGAACAUUUGGUUGGUCAGAUCCACUUUUAACCUCUGGUGCUGUACAGAAGGCAUUAAACUGAUGUAAACUA